UCACAGGCGUGCGCGGCCCCGCCCCUGCCGGGAGCAGCGCUCCCCAUGCUGUCCGCACGCCUGGCGCACACGCUGCUGAGUCCCUUACUGCGGCGAUCCGCUCCCACUGUCGGGCGCCAUGGCCUCUGGGAGACGCUCCUGGGGAGGCGAUGCGCAGCCGCCUGCUCCUCCGGGCCCCCGUUGGACCUGGGACGUGAGCCUCCUCAUGGCCUCACAGAGAAUGAGAGUUAUGAAGGAAGCCCUAAUAUUCAGGAGCGUUUUCUGUUCCCCGAGUACGUCCUGGAGGCUGAGCCCGCGCCCACCCGGAAUGAACUGCUGGAACAACUGCAGCAGCAGCAGCAGCAGAAGGAGCGACCCAGGCGGAAGCAGAAGCCCCGGGUCGGCCGCCCGGCGCACCCUGUCGUGGGGCACCCGGACCCGACGGUGCCGCCCAGCGGCCAGCACUGCUCGGGUUGCGGGGCAGAGCUGCACUGCCAGGACCCCGGGGUGCCCGGCUACCUGCCCAGCGAGAAGUUCCUCCGCGCGGUGCAGGCGGCUGGCGGGCUGGCGCGGACCGUGUGCCAGCGCUGCUGGCUGCUGGUGCACCACCAGCGCGCCCUGCGCCUGCAGGUGAGCCGCGAACAGUACUUGGAGCUGGUGAGCACCGCGCUGCAGCGGCCCGGGCCCGCCCUCGUGCUCUACAUGGUGGACCUGCUUGACCUGCCCGACGCCCUGUUGCCCGACUUGCCGGCACUGGUAGGCCCCAAGCAGCUGAUCGUGCUGGGGAACAAACUGGACCUGUUGCCCCAGGAUGCACCCGGCUACCGGCAGCGGCUCCGGGAGCGGCUGUGGAACGACUGUGCCCGCGCCGGGCUUUUGCUGGCCCCUGGCCACGGAGGGCCACAGCUCCCCAGCCGGGACGGGCCACAGGACAGAGAGGAGAAUUCGAAUCGGUCGGACAGGUCGCGCACGGUGGUCCGGGACGUGCGUCUGAUCAGCGCCAAGACUGGCUAUGGAAUCGAAGAGUUGAUCUCGGCACUUCAGCGCUCCUGGCGCUACCGUGGAGAUGUCUACCUGGUGGGAGCCACAAACGCCGGCAAGUCCACUCUCUUUAACACGCUACUGAAGUCCGAUUACUGCACCGCCAAGGGCGCGGAGGCCAUCGACCGGGCCACCAUCUCUUCUUGGCCAGGAACUACGUUAAACCUGCUGAAGUUUCCGAUCUGCAACCCAACUCCUUACAGAAUGUUUGAAAGGCACAAAAGACUUAAAAAAGAUGCAGCGAAAGCUGAGGAGGAGCUUAGUGGGCAAGAACAACAUCAGCUUAGUGUCCUGAAAAAGCAAGGCUAUGUAGUAGGAAGAGUUGGAAGAACAUUCUUGUAUUCCGAAGAACAGAAGGAUGAAGCUGCCUUUGACUUUGAUACUGAUUCACUUGCGUUUGACAUGGAAAAUGAACCCGUUAUAGUUGAACCCAAAUCCACCAAACAAAUAGAAUUGACUGCACAAGAUGUGAGGGAUGCCCACUGGUUUUAUGAUACACCGGGAAUCACAAAAGAAAAUUGUAUUUUAAAUCUUCUAACAGAAGAAGAAGUAAAGAUUGUUCUGCCAACACAUUCCAUUGUUCCAAGAACUUUCGUGCUCAAACCAGGAAUGGUUCUCUUUUUGGGUGCUCUAGGCCGAAUUGAUUUCCUGCAGGGCAACCAGUCAGCCUGGUUUACGGUUGUGGCUUCCAACCUCCUCCCGGUGCACAUCACUUCCUUGGACAAGGCAGAUGGUGUGUAUGAGAAGCAGGCGGGUCACACGUUACUGCAGGUUCCAAUGGGUGGGAAAGAGCGAAUGGCAGGCUUUCCUUCUCUCGUUGCUGAAGACAUCAUGUUACAAGAAGGACUCGGGGAAUCCGAAGCAGUUGCUGACAUCAAGUUUUCCUCCGCAGGUUGGGUUGCAGUAACACCUCAGAUGAAGGACAGACUGCAUCUCCGAGGCUACACACCUCGAGGGACAGUUCUGACAGUCCGGCCCCCUCUCUUGCCCCAUAUCGUUAACAUCAAAGGACAGCGCAUCAAGAAAAGUGUGGCCUAUAAAACCAAGAAGCCUCCUUCCCUUGUGUAUAAUCUGCAGAAGAAGAAAAGAUAAAUGUCUGAGGCUGACUUUGUUCCUGCUGGAUAUUAACCAUAUCGAACAUAACAAGACACAUUGAUAUAUUAAAUAUGGCUAUAAUAAAAUUCCACCCAUU